AUGAUAGAGAGGGACCUCGCAGAGAAGAAGCACAGCCUCGUGCGCACGCGCUUCCCCCCUGAGCCCAACGGCUACCUCCACAUCGGCCAUGCCAAGUCAAUCUGCCUCAACUUCGGCGUGGCGAAGGAGUACGGGGGGCGGACGAACAUGAGGUUCGACGAUACCAACCCAGUGAAGGAGGACGAGGAGUACGUGCGGUCCAUCCUCAAGGACGUGCGAUGGCUGGUCGGCGGGUCUGUGGACAGUGCGGAUCCGUGGGAUGGCAACACGAGGUAUGCCUCGGACUACUUCGAGACCUUCUAUGAGGCGGCAAUUCAUCUGAUCAAGAAGGGGAAGGCGUACGUGGAGGAGCUGACGGCAGAAGAGAUCCGGCAGUACCGUGGGACGCUGACUGAGCCUGGGAAAGAGUCUCCGUUCAGGAACAGGCCUGUAGAAGAGAGCCUGGACCUGUUCACAAGGAUGAGGAACGGGGAGUUCGAGGACGGCAAGUACGUGGUCCGUGCCAAGAUCGACAUGGCCAGCCCGAACAUCAACAUGCGGGACCCGACGCUGUACCGCAUCAGGAAGGCCACGCACGUGAUGACUGGGGAUAAGUGGUGUAUCUACCCCAUGUACGACUUCGCCCACUGCAUUUCCGAUGCUGUCGAGGGCAUCACGCACUCGCUCUGCACUCUAGAGUUCGAGGACCAUCGCCCCCUGUACGAUUGGGUGCUCGACGAGCUGAGGGACUCCGGACUGAUCGAGUGCCUGUCGAAGGGCGUUCCCCCCCAGCAGACCGAGUUCUCGCGCCUCAACCUCCAGUACACCGUGCUCUCCAAGAGGAAGCUGAUCCAGCUGGUGGAAGGAAAGCACGUGCAUGGCUGGUCGGACCCCAGGAUGCCGACGAUCUCCGGCAUCAGGAGGAGGGGAUACACUCCCGAGGCCCUCCGGCUCUUCUGCGAGAGGAUCGGAAUCAGCAAGGCCGACAACAACAUCGACAUGUCCGUGCUCGAGGACUGUGCUCGGGAGGUGCUGGAGGACGAUGCCCCUCGGGUGUUCGGCGUGCUGGAUCCUGUCAAGCUGACCAUCACCAACUGGCCGGAGGGGAAGGUAGAGAUGUUCGAGGUCGACUCGCACCCCAAGAGGCCCGAGCUCGGGAUCCGGCAGCUCCCCUUCAGUGGCUCCCUGUACAUCGAGAGGGAGGACUUCAACGAAAAUCCCCCCAAGGGCUACUUCAGGCUGACCCCCGGGGGCGAUGUGAGGCUCAGGUUUGCCUACGUGGUCACUUGCAACGAGGUCGUCAAGGACAAGGAGGGGAAGGUGGUGGAACUGCGCUGCACGUACAACCCGGACACGAGAGCUGGAGCUACGCCUGAGGGGAUGAAGAAGGUCAAGGGGAUCAUACACUGGGUCUCACAGGAGUCUGCGAUCCCCUGUGAGGUGAGGGUGUACGAUCGGCUGUUCAACGCUGCUGCUCCAGGGAAGGAGCACGAGGAUGGAGACUUUCUCAAGGACUUGAACCCUGACUCGCUUAAGAUCAUGAAGGGAGCCUUCGUCGAGCCUUCCGUGAAGGACUGUGAGGCAGGAAAGCACUUCCAGUUCGAACGGAUGGGCUACUUUGUCACGGACACAGAGGACAGCAAGCCCGGCUCGCUGGUGUUCAACAGGGUCGUCACCCUCCGCGACAACUGGGCCUCCUCCUCCUCCUCUUCCUCUGCUCCUGCUGCUGACAGCAAGCCGCAGCAGCAAGCGCAGCCACCAGCAGCGGCGGCGGCAGCAGCCGAUCUGGAGGACGUGAGACGUUUGGACAUCCGCGUUGGAAAGAUCGUGAAGGCAGAGAAGCAUCCCGAUGCUGACGCCCUCUACGUGGAGAGCAUCGAUGUGGGGGAUGAGACCGGACCGCGAACGAUCGUGAGCGGGCUAGCAAAGCACAUCCCCUUGGAGGAGAUGCAGGAUCGUCUGUGCAUUGUCCUCUGCAAUCUCAAGCCAGCCAAGAUGAGAGGCAUCGUCUCCGAGGGUAUGGUGCUCUGCGGCUCCGACGACUCGCAGGGGCUCGUUCAGCUCCUCGAGCCUCCUGCAGGAGCGGCUGUGGGUCAGCGUAUCACCUUCGAAGGGUUCGGAGAGCCUCAGCCCGAUGAAGUCCUAAAGUCUAAGGCCCAGCAGAAGGUCUGGCCCAACGUGGCUCCGGACCUCAAGCUCAACGCGGAGGGAGUAGCCACUUACAAGGACGCCAUGGCCAAGUGUAAGGAGGGGACGCUGUCCUGCAAGACCCUCAAGAGCUGCCCCAUCGGAUAGCCAUUGAGCUAUUGCCGGGAUUCUUCAACUGAACCCGCCGGGGCGCGUACCGGGCGAGGCGCGGCCGGGCCCGCCGGUGUCCGACUCGGAGCCCGGGCCUCGCAGGCCCGGGUCGUGCGAUUAUCAGGCUGACCGUGCUACUUGAAAGGAUUAGCCUGAAUCAAAGUGUGGAGAGUCCGAAGCCUGAAAUAAAGCCGAAAUAACG